AUGUUACGCUGCUCUGUGAUUGGUGCUCUGGCCGUGACUUUCCUGGUCGUGGCACUGCUGGAGCGGGCUGAGAGCCACUUCACCUUCUUCAGCCCCAAAGAGAUGAGGGAGAUGAUGGAGAGAGGGAGGGCUGGUAAGAAGUCUGUGGACCUGGAGCCGAGGUCAGAGGAGGGGCAGUUUGAGGAAGAGGCCAUCCCAGAGAGGAGCGAAGGGGUGGGAGGAGCCCAGGGGAAGUCGGUGGAAAUUGGGGUGCGGCUGUCAGCCAAGCAGCUGGAGCGCAUGGCCCCAGCUUUGGGAGAAAUCCUUCACGAGAUGCUGACAGAAACUGAGAAAGCGAAAUAAGAAGACCAGCACCCCUGCAC